UCAUGGUCUCUGCGCCAGGAUGAACACGUCAAAGCGGUUACCUCAUAUUGCAGCAUAAGCAGGACUGACUUAAAGUCGCUGGAUUUAGUGGUGGAUUUGUUAUCUGCGGCACACCAAAUCCUUUUGGAAGAUUGGCCUUUCAAAAAAGGUGUUCUUUUGAAAUAGCGACCCUUCAUGGAUAACAUGGUGACUACUGACUGAUGGAUUAGGUGCAAGACUUAAAAGUUGAAUUAGUUGGCCUAAACUUUUGACAGAGUGAGCAAGUUAUUUGUAUAAGGUACAUUUUUGAAAGAGUCGGCCUUUUCAAUUCAUGAUGAAGACUAGAAUUAUUUUCUGCGCUGCGGUAUGCUUGGCCUUCCUAGUUGUUAUUCUUUUGGCUCUGCUUUCGCCGGUCCCCAACAAAAAGCAGUCGAAGCACGGCAGAAAACCAUCGUGGGCGGACCUGUCCCUCUACAUUCAGCAGCCACAUUCUACAGGAAAUGCUAAAUCUAACAAUAUGCAGCCCGUACCAAGAUCCGAUUCUGGGGUUUUCGUAUUCCUACGAACGCUCACGGAGGGACCUGAGAACACUUCCCGGAUUGUUGGAAAUGCUCGAGGUUUCAUUAUUCCUAACGAACAGUUUGCUCAUUCUUCAUUCAAUGUCAUCUAUCUCAGUUUCGACACACCGGAAUAUUCAGGCAGCCUGAGCGUGCACGCCAAGCAUAUUGGACAUGAGAAUAGAGAACUGGCGGUGGUAGGGGGGACAGGUUCUUUUGCUUUUGCACAAGGGAUAGCUAUUUUUCUACAGACAGAUGGGCAGGCAUCUGUUACAGAUACAACUUAUCAUUUAAAGCUUCAACUUCAAUUCCCCAAAUGACAGUGCAAAGUAGUCCCACAUGCUUCUUUCUUUUGUGAUAUAUAAAGCACAAUUUUGUGUACCAAUGGGGAUGCAUGACCAUGUUCCUCGUCAUUCCAGUUGUAAAAACUGCUUGGCUAAGACAUGCUUUGGUAUUCAAUAAUUAUAUGGCCAUGGGUUGCUCCUAAA